AUGAAUGCACAGAAGGUACGCGUUGCAUGUAUGGCAAAUAAGUUUAAAAACAUAAGAGAAAUAGGUGAAGAUACAUAUCAAGUGAUGCUUAAAGAUAGAUUUUAUAGAUGUGAUACAUGUUUACAAGAGGCAUUCUUCACUUUAGAUAAUGCUAAAUACUGGUAUUUGGUUUUCAUUUAUGAUUUUAUGUAUAAAUGCAUGAAUGUUAAUCGUUUUCAUUUCAUUGAAGGUGAUACUGAUUCAUCUUAUUGGGCAAUCGCUGGCGACCCAAAUCUUCCUAACACUCAAGCAUUUCAAGCAAUUGUUACCGAUAAACAAUUUUAUGAUAAAAACAUUUUCAAAUUCGCACCAUUUGAUUUCUUCUGUUUUGAUGAGAAAUUUAAACCCAAAUUAAAGAAUAAAGCUGAAGAAAAAGCACAUGAGAAGAAGUUAUUGGGUUUAGCAAUUGAGAAACAAGGUGAUAACAUGGUUGCUUUAUGCCCUAAAUGUUAUACAUCAUUCAACGGUUCAAUUGAUGGAAGUGAUUUUAAAAAGAUUGCACAAAAAAUGAAAGGUGUUAGUUUACGACAAAAUAAACAAUUAACACCUAAAAAUUAUUUGGAUAUAAUAAAUGAUAAAGUGAUAUUUGAUGGUCAGAAUAUUAAUUUACAACUUAAAAACGGGUCAAUGACUCGCUUAACAAUCGGUAAGACUGCAUUAACAGGAGCACACACUAAGGCUGUAUGUUGUGAAAAUGGAUGUUGUAUACCAUUUAUUUAA